AGGCUAUCUUAUAUAGGUCUCUACUGUUAGACUAGAUCCAGAUUUCUAUCUAUUUGAUCCAUGCAUUUUGCGAAGAUAAAUAGUAAACAUGAUACAUUAAAUAGAGAUCUAGACUAGAGCUUUACAAUUUCGUUUGAAAGGAUAGACUUUUGUAUUCCUAACCUUUCACUGCAGCUAUUAACUUGAGCUGUUUGAUCAUGAACAACCCUGGAACCAAUAAUGGAGGUACACGGCCUCGCAACACUAACAAUGGCAGAGCUGGAGAGAAUAACCCUUUUUUUCACUUUCAAAAUCGCCUGUUUCAUGCAUUAUUCUAUCGCAUCACCAUUACCUAUGCCAGAGCUUUCCCAAGACCCAUUAGAAGAGUCUUGGAAUUUGCACUGCUUUUAAAGGCAUUAUUUGUUCUGGGAAUACUAGUGUAUAUUCAUGCUGUAUUUGCAAAGGCACCUAUGAAUUGUCUUGAGCACAUCCAAGACGUCUGGCCAAGAGACGGGAUCCUGCGUGUUGAGAUCAUGCGCGAGGUUCCUGAAAACUAUACUCUGUUGAACUCUUACAGAAAAGAAUACUCUGACAUUCAGUUGUUCCUACAGUCUUCCUUGGCCGAGGAGCUUGGGCUUGAGGAGUCAAACUUUAGUAUGGUGUUUGAAGAAGACGAGCUCGACAGCGAUGAGGAUUCAAACACUACUGAAAGUGAGGCUCUUAAUAAAACUGUGAACACCAAUCUUUUUAAGGAACACUUAAGUCAAGACCUAAUAGAAGAACUGAGUCAAGUUCAGAAUGUGAUUAAAACAGAUUUUAGCAACUUGAAAAUGAUAUUCAAGGGAACAGCAGAGAAUAUUACCAAUGAAUCUGUGAAACAAGAAGUUUUAAAAGCUAAAAAAAUAGAACUGUCACCAACAGAGCCAGCCAGUGGUAAUCAUGAAAAUCUGGAAGAGCCUCUUAUUGAAAAAGUCCAGCCAAGUUUCUGGGAUUAUCUCAUUAGCUUUAAAUUUUGGGGUCUUGAUGAUGCUCCAGAAGAGGAUAACCAGGUACCAUCAUAUGCACUGGACAAGAAAAACAUCUCCCGUUCAUCUUUGGAAUCCCCUACGGCAGAAAGCUUAAGUGAAUUUGAAAUGCUUGCUAGAGCUGUUUGGCCUGAAGAAAAAUACAUUGUAGAAUACUCGCUAGAAUAUGGCUUACUGCGCCUGUUGCCAAAGACAAGGAAAAAGUUAAACAUCACUGUUAUGUUGGUCAUGCUAGACCCUGAAAAAGAAACUUGCUUCGGAGAUGGAUUCAGUCGCUUCCUCUUGGAUGAAUUUCUGGGUUAUGAUGACAUUCUAAUGUCCAGCAUAAAAAAACUAGCAGAGAAGGAAAACAACAAAGGUUACUUGCGUAAUGUUGUGACGGGGGAACAUUUUCGUUUCAUUAGUAUGUGGAUGGCUCGUACGUCCUACCUGGCUGCAGCCUUCAUCAUGCUCAUAUUUACUGUUUCAGUGUCCACAUUGCUGCGCUACUCUCAUCAUCAAAUAUUUGUUUUUAUCAUGGAUUUACUGCAAAUGUUUGAUAUGAACAUCGCCAUCGCCUUCCCAGCAGCCCCACUGUUAACUGUGAUUCUCGCUCUUGUUGGUAUGGAAGCAAUCAUGUCUGAGUUUUUCAAUGACACCACCACAGCCUUUUACAUCAUUCUAAUAGUUUGGAUAGCGGAUCAAUAUGAUGCUAUUUGUUGCCACACUAACAUCAGCAAAAGAAUUUGGUUGAGGUUCUUCUAUUUGUACCACUUCGCCUUCUAUGCCUACCACUACAGAUUUAAUGGUCAGUACAGCUCUUUGGCCCUUUUUACAUCCUGGCUGUUUAUACAGCACUCGAUGAUCUACUUUUUUCAUCAUUAUGAACUGCCUGCUAUUCUACAACAAGUCCACAUUCAGGAGCUUCUAGCCAACCCACCACAGCCUGGACCUGAGGGGGAUGACGCCCAGCAGACUAAUCAACCGCCGGCAGAAACAGCGGAAACAUCUACAUCUACAACUGAUCUCGCUGCUUCUUCAGGUGCUAGCAAUGCCGCUGAUACUGCUAACACAGAGGGCGGUGACAGGGCUGGCUCUGGUGCCAAUCCCAUUAAUAAUCUUACGGUCAGGGAAGGCGCAGCCAGCUUAUCUAAUCUGUUAAGCAUUCUUCGCCGGUCUCCCUUCGUACAGGGUACCACUAAUGCUCAAAAUGCAACCAGGGGUAAUAACGCGGGUAAUCGAAGUAACUAUGAGAUUGAGCGCGUGACUGUUUACACGCAGAGUAAUAUCUACAGACUCUUUCAGCGGCUCCGAAACAGCCCUGGAAGACAGCGUGCUGUUAGCAGGCAGUCAACGGACAACUCAACAUCAGCUGAUCUUCCUACAGCUGGUACAUCCCAACCCCAGCCAAGUAUCUCAGGAUCCACGUUAGUUGCUGCAGAUACAGAACCUCUUCUAGUACCUACCAACACGUUCAUGGGACCUCCCCCAGUGUCGACCAGUGCUGAAAUGGGCAGUAUCUCAGGAGCCACGUUAGUUGCUGCAGAUACAGAAUCCCUUCUAGUACCUACCAACACGUUCAUGGGACCUCCCCCAGUGUCGACCAGUGCUGAAACGGGCUCAGAAAAUAACAAAGAGCUGAGCUCCCCGCUGAGAGACUUUCUCAGCUCUCAAGACUGCAAAGAAAAAGAAAACUCUGAAACUAAUUCAGAGACUCAAGUCUUUCAAAAGCCUGACUUCUCUCAGACCUGUCUCCAUGAAGACAGUCCAGUGCAAGCCGGUGAUCUUCAGUUAGUAGAGACUCAUGUGGCAGGUCCACACUCUGAUGAGUGUAGUACACUGGUAGGUCAGACCUUACCGCAUCAAGUGCCUUUGAACUCUGCACUGUUUAAAAAAACUGAAUUAGAUCCACAACCUGGAACUGUCGUAGGAGAGAAGUCACCGGGUAAAAGUUGUGUCCCCUACUGUGAUGAAGAUUUAGUGUCUAGGAAUUGUCAGGAAGGAACAGCAGUCUAAAUGAUUCAUAUUUAUCUUACAGUUCAUGCUUUGAUGUAACCAGUCAAGAAGUUCAUUAGUAUCAUGAUACUAACUUAUGUUGUCAUGAUAGGAUCUUAAAAAAAACAUUUGUAUGUAACACGCAAACAAAAAACGUUUGUAGUCUCUUGUUUGUAAAUAAAAAGAGCAUUCAUAUUUCAGUCAGUGUUUUUCUGAAAGCUCUGAAAUUUUAAGCCAUUGUUGUCAACAUUUCUCAGUUUGAGUUUCUUAUACCUCGGGGGGAGGGGUAAUUUUCCUCCAAAGAUUUGUCCUUCGUGGUAAUUUGAGUGGAAAUGGAAGAGCGGGAAAAAGCUCAGAACAAUGUAGAGUAAAUCAACUGAAAAGUGAGAAGGGUUAAAGUGGGAAUAAUUGAAUCCACACGGGAGAUUCAAACAUGAAAAUACCAGGAACAUGUGUUUAAAAAAAAAAGGUUGAGAAGUGCUGGUAUUAGAUGUCCAUUUUUUGAGGUCUGGCUAAUUCAAAAUGAUUCAGAAAAUACCUUAAGUGUAUUUUAGUAUAUUUAGCCACUGGCCAGUCAGUGAAUCAGUAAAAGUUACUUCCACACAAGAAUUUCCAUUUUUUUUAGGCAUAGCCUAUUGACUUGAGUAGGUAGCCACCCUUUGACUUGAGGUAGCCACCUAUUUACUUUAGGUAGCCAAACUCAAUUUUUUAUUAUCAUUCAAUUGAUAUUCCAAAGACUAUUGAACAAGACUUAGAGAACAAGUCUAACAAUCUGCUUAGGGAUGAAGGAAAAGACUGAUGUAACAGAUCUUUAUGUGGUAUUUCACAAAUUCUGUUUCAAAUGUUGACAAUAUUACUCAAGGGAGGGAAAUGUAGCUGAAUUUACUGAUUACUCGAAAUUCACAAUUCUUUCAUUCUUACAAAAAUCAAAUUCCUAUAUGGCACUUAUUCUCAUUUUCCUGGUGGAGACCUCAGAUAACCAAGCCUAUUACUGGGAUUAACUGCGCAAUCGUUUCCAGAUCAAACAGUUCUCGUGUACCGGUCAUUUUUUCUAAACUGGUGUAUCUUGUUCAGGCUUCUCUAUAUGGUACUAAUAGUUCAAGUGUUGGAUGUUACUGGCAUAUAUAUACAAGUAUUCUCAUUAUGUGACAAAUGGCUCUCGAAUUGGCAUAGAAAAUGGCAGUAUGUGCUAAAAUCAGUUGAGCCAUUAAAUCUUUACCUUCAUAUAUGAAAUAAAAAAACAACUUUUUUAAGAAAUUGCUUGUAAAUUUAUUUUUACAACUGUGAACAGGUACUGCAUGGUUCUACAGAGGUACUUGUUACCAAGAUUUGUACUUAGAACCUUGUGUUAAGUGCGGUUUCACCAUUAUGAAUGAUUUUAGAGGUUUUAUUAAAACACAACUCAAUAUUGCCUUGCUCUGAAUUCAGUAACUUUUAAUGGGCCAUUAUCACAUAUAGUUUGCUGGAUUGUAUGAAUAAAAUAUCUUGGAUACAUUCUCAGCAUCUGCUGUCUAUUGAUUCAACACUGUAUUGUGCUGACCACGCAUUUCCUAAGAGCAUUCAUGGGCCUUUGUGUACUGGAGCCAGCAUAUACUUUUUUUUUUUCUCAUUGAGCUGUCAACUAGGGGUGAUGGUGUUUUUGUGAUUAAGCCUUCAUUAUAAGUGUUGUAAGGUUUCCAUACUGGUCAGAAAUGAAACACUUUGAGCAGUUCUAAUAUUAAGGGGAGACAACCUAGCAGAAAAAAAAAGUUAACUUUUUCGGAUUCCAUUAUGUGUAAAUA